UUUUUCAAAAUUUUAUUAAGUAAAAUUUUUUUAAUACAAAAAUCAAACAAAAAAGGAUCGAACAUAAAGUGCAUUUAUAUCAUAAAGGAUAGUACCUAUAUAUAACGGAAUAAAUAGAAUUUCAAAAUGAAGCUAAUGUUUAAUAACUGUACAAUGAGCAUAGUAAAAUAUGUUCUAUUUGCAUUUAAUUUUGUAUUUGCGCUUUCUGGAUUAGGAAUAUUAAUUGCUGGCGCACUGGUUUUAGCAGAUGUCAAUGAAUUUAAUCAUUUCAUUGAAGGUCGAGUGACAGCGCCACCAAUUGUUCUUAUUAUAACAGGUACAAUAAUAUUUUUGAUUGCAUCAUUGGGUUGUUUUGGUGCGAUAAAGGAGUCUCCGCCGCUAUUAAUUACGUACGCAGUACUUUUGGCUAUAAUAUUCAUAAUUGAAUUGGCAGUUGGUAUUGCAGCAUGUGUAUUUAGAGCAGAUUUAGAAUCAUCAAUUAAAAAUUCAUUAUUGGAAACGAUCAGACGUUCAAAUGAUAUGGAUUUAAAAGCAUGGGAUAAUAUACAAAAUAAAUUGAUGUGUUGCGGUGUUAAUGACCCAACUGAUUGGCAAUAUGAAUCACGUUAUAAUCCAAGAAUAUUACGUGGUAGUUGCUGUAAACCAGAAUUUACUGAUCCAUCAACAAAAGAUUGUCAAAAUUCACUAGUCCUAGCGAAGGAUAAAUAUUUCCAGGAGGGUUGCAUCACAAAAUUAAAAGAUCGUAUCGACAGUAAUGCAACAAUAUUAAUUGGUGUUGGUAUUGGUAUUGCCUUCCUACAAUUAUUGGGUAUUUAUUUGGCAUGUACACUAGCAUCAGCAAUUCGUAGAGAAAGAGCAGCUAAUAAUUAAGGUGAUUUAGAAUGUAAUACAGUGAAUAGUAUACGUAUGGAAAGGAAUAUUAAGAUCUUUAUCACAUUAAGCAUAUUAUAUACAGAAAAAAAAAAUUAUAUGUGUAUAUACUAUAUAUACUUGUAUGUAUGUAUGUAUAUGGAAACUAUAAAAUUCACAUCCUUCAAGGACAUUGUUUUCGUUUUUAUUAAUUAAUAUAUUAAAGUUAAUCAGAAUACGAUUUUAUAAAUAUUAAGAAAAAAAAUUUUUUUUUUUCAUUUUAUAUAAGUGAACAGACAAACAAAGAAACAAAUAAAUAAGUAAUUUAAUCAACUUCAAACAUUAGCAGUUAAAAAGUACAUAAAUAUAUCAUUAGAGAUAUAUGAGACAAAUAUCUAAAAUGGAAAUAUUCAUACAUUCAUAGACACCUAUAUGUAAUUUACCUUCAUACAUAAUAUCCUUACAUACAUAGCUCGUUUUAUAUGAUAAUUUUUUAUCAU